GAAGAUCAGGACACCAUACGUACUGUAGGCACAGAAACGCCCGCAGAUUCACGCCUUGUCCUCACUCCUCCCGACAGCACAGGAAGACCUCCGUAGCCAUCACACACCCCUCUUGAGUGUGCCUAAUGGCCUCUCCGGGCCUAUAGGGACAAUCUCAACCUCGUCUCUCCUGUGACCAUCAACCUUCGAUGUCGACGACUUGUUUACAACUGAAAUUGGGACAUCGACAGCCAGAUUGAUAGGAUGGAUAACGCCACGAUGGCGGAUCCGGGGGCCUUGCUUUACACUCAAUCGAACUUGGACGAAGCUGUUAAGGAAGCGACUCAAUUGGCCUUGUCCAAUGUAGGUCUGACUAUCUACAUGUCAAACCAGAUCGUUUGCUUUGCGCUACAUGCGUAUUUGCUUGCGAUUCUCGGCGAUAGGAUCCUUCUCCUGAAGGACCGGGCGACAUUGUAUGUUUUCUUUGCCGCAGUUGCCGCGAACUUUCUGGCAGCAUUUUGGCAAUAUAUAGCAAACACUGGCACAUGGCUGGACGAAUACGGAGAACACGGAUACGAAGCGAAUGUCGUGUACUACACCGUGAGGUCUGCCCUUGCGGCGCUUAAGACACAAACGGUCUUGUACCUCAACUAUCGGCGAGUCGAGCAGGCUGCUUCGUUGUUCCUGCCCCGUUGGGUUUCCCGGACAUUUCGGGUCGCAGUCUUCCUACAGUUUCCCAUUACUCUAGCGAACGAGUUGAUUCCAACAAUCGAAUAUGCGAUGAGGCAGGACAACUAUGAUUCGUGGUAUAACUUUGGUCUUGUUACGUUGGAUUGGGCAUACGGGAUGGUGAUUGACUGUCUCAUCGGCGCAUUCACUUUCCAAUCGCUAUACCGAAUCGCCUCGCGCUCUAAAAGUGGGAGACGAGAGCAUAUCUAUUUUGUGCUCGCGCAUUGCUUUCGAGUGGGGCUUUUCGUCGCAUACGACAUCAUCUCCGCGUUCGCUUCCUUAGUGACGGAUUUUGAGGAUUCCUCCCUGAGAACCACUGCCUUGUGGGCCAUCAGGGUAAUACCUGUAAAGCCUUAUCUGCUGAUCACGGAUAUGGCACGCUGGCGAGCUAUGAGUUCCACUGGGGAAGACCAAGAGGAGAACUCGGGGGGGGUACACGAAGGUCAUUCGACGAAAGUGGGGCCCAAAAAGGACCAUGUACCAAAAGCCAGCACGGUUGAUUCAGCUGCGUUGGAGGACGGCGAGCUAUCUCUUGAAGAAGAUGAUUGAUUGACGAAAGGCCGACUCCAAAAAAACCACCUACCUAAUCAAACGCCAUAGGAUCAGCGCACCUGGAGAACGGGAAGGAUGUAUAUCAUGGUGUGAGUACUACGCCUCCACAGUAAAGGCGUGAAACAAAGGUGGUGGCAACGGCGGCAAGCCGUCAAUCACGGGCGGCUUGUCGAAAUCGGGAUUAGUGAGAAAGACAACUCCGAGUGACAUUCUACAUUAUGAGCUUCCCGUCGUUCUUUUACCCAAGAGCAUGAAUGUGAAUAUGCGGACAAACGAAGA